CUCACUUUCUCUUUUCAUUUUUUUGUAUAUUUAUUUUAUUAUAUAGUUUUUUUAUUUUCUCUCUAUAUGUUUCUUUAUGUUUCUUAGAUCAUUCAAAUCAUGAAACUCUCAACUCCAACACAAACACCAACUUCUUCAAAUGUAUCUCCAUCAAUUUCAUCGAACACACCAAUGUGUUCCUCCAAAACCACCACCACAGGGUGUCUCACAGCCAUCAUGCGCAAGAUUCUUUGCUCAGGAAACCUUCCAAAAGAUCCAUUAAAUCAACUUACAGAAUUUGAUUCAACAAACUCUGUUCUGAGUUACAAAGAUCAUAACUUACACAUUUCUGAGGAGAAUGCUAUGGCUGCUGCUGCUACUCCUCCUCCUCCUAUAGUUGCAAGGUUAAUGGGUUUAGAAUCAAUGGGAGAGAUACCAUUUGCAUCAAAACCAGGUUCACUUUCGCGUAGCAAAUCGAUGAACUCAAUGGACUAUUUGGGAGAAAGCAAUGGAAAAAUUCAUCAUCAGAGGGUUAGUUCAACAUUGUCAUUUAGAGAGCCUCCAACUUUUAAGUUAACUGAAAAUGAGAGCUUUUUUGUACUUAACUUUGAAAAUGAAGGUGAGAGUGUUAAAGGGUUGAAAUCCAAAUCCAAUGGGAGAAAAAAGAAAAUGGGUUGUUCUGAAUUGAAGCAUAAAGAUGAAAAAAUGAUAGUUGAUUUGAAGGAGAAGAAGAACAAGAGAGAAAAUGUUUAUGAUGAGAAAGUUUUGAUUGAGAAAGGGAAAAUGAGCAAAAGGGUGUCUAAUAAACUUCUAGAAAUCACUAACACUUCAUAUAAGUUCAAGGGUUUAUCUGAAAAGAAGUGUUAUGAUUCAGAAGCAGUUGAAUUGUUGAAGCCAAAGAGCUAUAAUGAAGUUGUGAUUAGUGAAAAGAAGAAAAGGAGAAUAAGGAGGAAGAAAAGAACAAAUUUUUAUGCAGAAAAGAAGAUUGAAACUGAAUGUAAAUCAGAUAAAUCAGAUGAUUCAAGUCCUGUUUCUGUCCUCGAAUUCGAGCGCAAGUCUUGUGGAACAGGAAUAGAUUCUAUUGCAGUUGGUUCAAGUUCAAGAAGAAAGUUGACACCAGAGCUUGAAAAUAACAAACACAUUCUUAUGCGUUCCGAUGAUAAUUUGAUGAUUGAUGAGAAGAAGGAUAAGGCAAUUGAAGAAUCAAAGAAGAGAGAGAAGCAUAAUUACAAAGAGUAUAUAGAUAUUUGGGGUGAAGCAUGCAAGCUAGUUGAAGAUGAAUUGGCUGGUUCAAAAAAUCAAGUUCAUGCAUGGAUGAAUCAAGAAAGUAAUUUAGGAAGUGUAUGUGCUGAUUUUGAGUCAGAAAUUUUUGAUCAAUUGUUGAAUGAGGUGAUAAGUCAACUUGUUGAGUAAAAAAUUCACAAGUUAGUAACUUCAAAAUUUUGUAAAAAUUAUAAACCUUAUGAAUAAAGUGGUAAAAGAU